GUACAGGGAGGACUUGCAGAAUGGACACAGUGUCGAAUGGGGUUUUCCAAGGAAAAGUACAGCUUUUUGGUACCUAAGAACUUGGAGACAGACAAAGCUCUGGGUAGAGACCCUUUUGUUUUCUUAUCGCUGUGAAUAAAGCUUGACUUGGUCUUGUUAUUACAAGCCCGCUACCACUGAGUUUAGAAAACCUGUUCUGUAGCAUUUCGAUUCCCUGAAUGACAAAGAAAAAAUGAUCUUUAACAGCUGCGAGGGACCAGUGAGAAUUCAGUUUGCUUCUAAAGAUCCUAAUUUUGAAAUUCACAAAGAUGGUACAGUUUAUAUUAAGAAUCCUGCCAAGAUGAAAGACAAUAGAAAAACAUUCCGUGUCCUGGCUUGGGAAACUAAAGGCCAUGUAUACUCUACCAAUAUAACCUUGAAAAGGGAAGGACAUCGCCAUAGGCAGGACUUAUUUUCUGGCAAACAUUCCCACCACCCAAAAUCUGAGACUGGUUUGAAAAGACAAAAAAGAGACUGGGUGAUUCCACCAAUCAUAGUGUCUGAGAAUGAAAAGGGCCCAUUUCCCAAAAGGAUUGUGCAGAUUAAAUCCAGCUAUGCAAAAGAAGUCAAGGUUUAUUACAGUAUCACAGGACAGGGUGCGGAUACACCUCCAGAAGGAGUGUUCGCUAUUGGACGGGAGGAUGGAUGGCUAAAUGUGACACGACCUUUGGACAGAGAAGCCAUUGACAAUUACGUUCUUUUUUCCCAUGCUGUGUCAUCAAAUGGGGCAAAUGUGGAAGAUCCCAUGGAAAUCAUAAUUAAAGUACAAGAUCAGAAUGAUAAUGACCCAGUAUUCACACAGUCGGUCUUUGAAGGCUCUGUGCCUGAAGGGUCUAAGCCAGGUACGGCUGUUAUGACUGUAUCUGCAACAGAUGCCGAUGAUAGUGUGGACAUGUACAAUGGUGUGAUUACCUAUUCUAUUCUCAACCAAGAGCCCAAAGAGCCCACCAAUAAAAUGUUCACUAUCCAUUCAGAAUCUGGGCUGAUCAGCGUUCUUACAACUGGAUUAGACAGAGAGAAAAACCCAGUGUACACACUGACAAUUCAAGCUGCAGAUGGAGAAUUUGGGAAAGAUCGCACAACAACUGCUACAGCUUUAAUCGUUGUGAUGGACACUAACGAUAAUCCUCCAGUGUUUGACCCCACACAAUACACGGCAAAGGUUCCUGAAAAUGAAGUUGGCUAUGAGGUCGCACGUCUUACAGUAACAGAUGAAGAUAUUGAGGGUACAGAUGCCUGGAAUGCUGUGUACAAGAUCAUUAAAGGAAAUGAGGCUAACUAUUUCAGUAUCCAAACAGACACUGGCAACAUUGGGCUUUUGAAAACAGUGAAGGGUUUGGACUAUGAGCUGAAGAAGCAGUAUAUUCUGUCAGUCAUUGUGACAAACAAAGCUAACUUUUCUGUUCCACUGCAAACUUCAACUGCAACGGUGACUGUAUCUGUCGAAGAUGUAAACGAAGCCCCAAUAUUUUUACCACCAGUGAAAGAAGUUUCUGUGUCAGAGGAUCUUCCCAGUGGCCAAGUUGUUGCUACCUAUACCGCACAGGAUCCAGACAAGGAACAGAACCAGAAGAUAACUUACGUCAUUGGAAAUGACCCAGCAGGGUGGGUGUCGGUAAACAAAGAUAAUGGGAUUGUCACUGGAAAUGGCAAUUUGGAUCGGGAAUCAAAAUUUGUGCUAAACAACACCUACAAAGUCAUAAUCCUGGCUGCUGACAGUGGCUCUCCUUCAGCCACUGGGACUGGAACCCUUGUGCUUAAUCUCCUUGAUGUUAAUGAUAACGGACCAUUUUUGGAGCCCCAACAAGAAAGUUUCUGCCAGAAGGAUCCAGGCUUUCGUGUAUUUACUAUCAUUGACAGAGAUCUCUCCCCUAACACAUACCCGUAUAAAGCAGAGCUGACUGGUGAAUCUAAUGAAAACUGGACUGCUAUAGUGACAGGACAAAGUAUACUUGAGCUCAGACCUAAAAAGGAGCUGGAGAUUGGACAAUACGAUGUGAUGAUCACACUGUUAGACAGUUUUGGACUAUCAAAUGUGACAAAGCUCCAUAUUACUAUCUGUCAGUGUGAUGGUGACAAGAUGCAAUGUGAGGAAAAGGCUGCUAUAGCAGGAGGCUUGGGCAUAUCAGCCAUAGUUGGAAUCCUUGGCGGGAUCCUGGCACUUCUUUUAUUGCUGUUGUUGCUCUUACUAUUUGUACGAAGAAAGAAAGUGGUAAAAGAGCCUUUACUACCUCCAGAAGAUGAGACUCGGGACAAUGUGUUUUCCUAUGAUGAAGAAGGUGGUGGUGAGGAGGACCAGGAUUUUGAUUUAAGCCAGCUUCACCGUGGCCUCGAUGCUCGUCCAGAUGUAAUCCGUAAUGACGUUGCUCCCGUUUUAGCUGCUCCCCAGUAUCGACCCCGUCCUGCCAAUCCAGAUGAAAUUGGAAAUUUUAUAGAUGAGAACUUGAAUGCAGCUGACAAUGACCCCACUGCUCCCCCAUACGACUCACUCCUUGUGUUCGAUUACGAAGGCAGUGGCUCCGAGGCCGCAUCACUCAGCUCUCUGAACUCGUCCAACUCUGAUUUAGAUCAAGAUUAUAGUGCUUUGAAUGACUGGGGACCUCGUUUCACCAAACUGGCAGACAUGUAUGGAGGUGAUGAGGAUUAAAAAGUGCACAAUGCUAACCGUAAACUAAAAACCUUAGCUGUGUAUGCAGACUUUGGAAUUUGCUUUGUUUUCUCCUGUUCUCAGAACAGAGCUACGAAAUGCUCAAGAGUUACUCCUCCUACUUUUGUGAAAUUGUUCAGAAAUAUUUUAUGGAUAUGUAUAUAUGAAAAAAAAUCGUAUUUUUUGUACUUUUUGUGUUUUAAUAUCCCUGCAGUUUAUAAUACAAGAGGAUCUUUAUCUGCUUAUAUCUAAAUAUAAAAAGCCUGCUGGGAUUCAGUAUGAUUUUAAUGGGUUGAUACUUUGAUACUUGACCCUUGGAAGGAAAUUCCAUAAAAAAAAUAGAAAUGAAUUUGGCGACGGGGGGAGUUGCCAUGGUCUGAUUUGCAUUUUUUCCAUAAUAUACAUAUGAUCACACACACAGAGCUUGCUGGUCAAACGGAAUAAAUAUAUUAUAACUGGGUUAAAAAAAAUCAGCAUAUGAGCUAAAUGGGGCAGAAUUUUGAUAUCUCUGCAUUUGUAUUUGACUUGGCAUGUAUACUUUUGUAAUAAAAUAAAGAUGUACCUAAAUAUACAACAAAUAUAUAUUGCUAGUUGUUUUCACUGUAGCUUUAUAUACAGAUUUAUUGUCCUUUCCGCCAGUUCUGUAAUGGCUUAUUUAUAUGUUCUCAUUCUAUCUAUAGCGGUAACCCACAAUUACCAAUCAGCAACUAGCUUUUAUUCUACUACUACAAGCUGUAAACAUUAAAUCUAAACAGGGGUUUAGUUGGUUGCUGUGGAUUAUGCUCUAGUGCAAUCACAUAUAAUAGGUAUAAGUCCUCUAGACAUUAAAUUCCAUGAUAGAUAUGGGCAAACCAUUGUUUAAUACUGUGUAAAGUGGUGUAGGUUUGGGAAAAUAUUUAGCCCUAUGUUUUGAACGUUACCAUUUUGUAAUGCUUCAUUUGAAAGAAUACAUUUUCUAGUAUUCAGCAAAAAAAAUACUACCAGAAACACUAACUUGCGUUAGGCUAAUAUCGCACUUGAUUCAUUGAAGAAUGCCACAAAUUGUUGAAAAUACUGUUUAUGUCUCAUGCUGUUGACUAUAUAAAAACAUGUAUUUGGUGUUACCGAAUAAUACUAAACUAUACCUUAUGGCACAGACAUUAGAUGUAAAGAUGAAGGUCCAAAGGGAACCAAUGCUUUAAAGAAAGUUAGAGAACAGGGAUCCCAUAAAUGAGGUGUUAGAUAGUAACAGACAAAAUACUAGUACACCUCACAAGUGUGACAUAGGCAACCAAGGCAAUACUCAACCUUACGUGAAGGGAAGCCAUGUGAGAAAACUGCAGUACCUCAGCAUUGUAAGUGAGUACAAUUUUGUUCAAUAAAACUUUUAUUGGAUGUUUAAGAA